AUGGCCGGUCGAAUUCCAGUUGGUAAAGCGAUCCUCAUGACGGGUCUCGUCACUGCAUUAGGCUACGGUAUCAUGGCCGGUAAGUCAUCGUAUCGCAGCGUCACAGCUCUUCAUCAUCGCGUCCACUUUGGACAACGCUGACCUCCUCUUCCUACAUCCUCACAUUAUUCACAUCCUCUGGGCAUCUUCACACAAACCGGGCACUUUGAUUGGACGCUUCCAGCGACGACGCCUACGGACGAACAGUUCUACAACUCGCUCUCGCCGGACUUGAAGAAGAAGGUCGACGACGCGAGGAGGAAAGGUGGCGUCGCGCAAGCCAAUGAAGAACAUUUGAAAUCGAUUCAGGUGAGACAACAGCUUGGUUUGAUGGCUUUUGAAUUGGUCAGCAGCAAGCGCGGGCUGGGGGGACUGUCCCGAGUCGAGCGUGAAGCGAUCUAUUCGUCGACGGGGAAUUGGCUGUUCGGAGACGCUAGACUUGGCUCGCUUCCUGCGAUUCGGGGCGAAAGUUUUCGAACGAAUAGAGCUAAUGCAAUCGAUAUGACGUCUAUGUGAUACCAACCAGGCUAGUGCACAGGAUGAUAAGCCAGUAUGGGCAACGACCGACGUCAAGACAAAGCGAUGA